AUGAACAAAGUGGACGCACCAUGCCGACCCGCCGCCUCUCUCAAAUUCACUAUUGACAACAUCCUCAACCUGAAGACAAGCGGGAGGAACUGUGACAGUUGUCACCCCGCCGGGCUGCAGGAUGACACGGCCACGGCCAUGCGUAAAGACGGUUUCCAGAGGCACCACGAGGAGCACGUAGCCCUGCAGCGGCAGGACCCGGGCAGCAGGCUCACCGACAAAGAGUUGAUCUCAGACUGCAGCGGAGCAACGGAGUCGGUCAUCAUCAGCCGCGGAGAGCCGAAGAAGGCGACGGAGGCGCGCUUUGAGAGCGGCGACAGCAGCUGCGACGACAGCAGCUCCACCGCCACGGACACCCACAAAGGAGGCAGCCCCGCCAAGAAGAGCAAAAUGAUCACGAAAAAGAAAACGCGCACUAUUUUUUCCAAGAGACAGAUUUUCCAGUUGGAGUCUACCUUCGACAUGAAACGCUAUUUGAGCAGCGCCGAGCGCGCCUGCCUCGCCAGUUCCCUCCAGCUCACGGAGACGCAGGUGAAAAUAUGGUUUCAGAACCGCAGGAAUAAAUUGAAACGGCAAAUCUCGACCGAAAUCGACGGACCUGUUACCGAUUUCCCUGAGACUGGAAAGCCCGUGGUGGUGGGGCAGCUCCCGGCCUUGUACAAAGAGAGCAACCUGCUGGGCAGAUGCCUGCUGCCCAUGCCUCUGCCCGUUGUAUACCCGGGGAGUAGCACGCCUUACCUCUGCUUCACAAACGCCAGCAAGUACUUCAGCCUGUAUGACGGGGACGUAUGAUGCUUUCAUUCACCCCCCACGUGAAAGAGACACUUUUUGGUGGUCUGUUGCCAACUUACAAGCAUUUAAAGGGGUUUAGAUGGUGGGCCGGACCUGCGGCCUUACUGUUUAAUAGGACUGCAAGUACAAAGACAGAGUAGUUACAUAUCACUUACAAUAAGCUGAUUGGGUAUUAUUUAUUUUUCAGUCAAAGCUAUGGGUUUUGUAUAGGCCUGACACUAAACCUGCUAGAGCAACACAUUUUUAGGAAAUAGCAGGCUAAGCUAAUGAUAGCCUGAGGGAGGCCUAAAACAGUAUCAAUCCUAACAUUUUAUUGUU